AUGUCCAUACCAGAAACACAGACUUGGUGGACUUCUACGCCAUUUUUUAUUGUGAUUUCUUUAAUUUUACUGGUUCCAAUUGUUAUUCUCUUUAUAAAUACAUUGUAUGGAAGAAAUUCGACGUACGAUAAGAUACCGGGAAGGGGAGAAAAUCACUUCUUAUACUAUUUAAAAUUUCUUUAUUCCUUGAUUGCUACUGGACGACUUUCUACAGAGAGUGUGUUAAAUUACCUAAAUUUACUCUUAAAAAUCCAUCGGAAGAGUGGAAUAUGUCUUCUCAAUCUGCCUUUCUCUAGAGUUGUUUUCCUUUAUCGUCCGGAUCUCGUAAAAGUUCUGUUGGGAAAUACGGAAAAUAACUGCAGAUCGGUGAUUUAUAGUUUUAUGGAAGAAUGGCUGAGUUCAUCGCUAUUGUUGAGGGAUGGAGAAGAAUGGAAGCAACGAAGAAAAUUAUUAACACCCGCAUUUCAUUUUCAAAUCUUGGAAAAUUUUCUCCCAAUUAUGGAAAAACAUUCCGAAAUGUUAAUAAAGACAUUGAAGAAUUACCAAAAAGAAGAAUGGAUUGAUAUUGUGCCCUUCGUUACUCGUUCUGUUAUGGAUAUUAUAUGCGAAACUGCAAUGGGUAUCGAAGGAAAUACAUACGAUUAUGAUUAUUCUCAGUACCAAAGAUCAUUAUCCAGAAUUUGUAAUAUUAUUCAAAUGAGAGCUUGGCAGCCAUAUUUGUGGUCGAAGUACAUAUUCCAUUUAACUAAGAACAGAAGAGAAUUAUCGAAAAACAUAAAGAUUUUGAAAGAAAUAACUGAUAAGAUAAUCGAAAACAAGUUAAAACGAAGUAGAGAAAAUUCUACAGAAAAUAUAAAAGAGAAAAGGGUGAAGAAAUUAGCAUUUUUGGAUCUACUUUUAGAUUAUUUAAAGAGAGAUUCUAAUUUUACUAUAGAGGAUGCUUGUAAAGAAGUUCAAUUAUUUUUAUUUGGGGGACACGACACUACAUCAGUUACUAUAUCGUGGACAUUAUAUUUGCUGGGUAAGCAUUUAAACGUUCAAGAUAAAGUUCGAAAAGAAGUUGAGGAUGUAAUUGGGAAUGAUUGGUCUCGACACAUCACUAAAGAAGAUAUGCAAAGGAUGAAAUAUUUAGAGGCUGUGAUUAGAGAAACUCUUCGAUUAUAUCCAACGGUUCCUUUACUGACCAGAAACUUAACGAAAGAUAUUGUUGUAGAUAAUUAUAAAAUAUCAAGAGGAUCCAUGUGUAUAAUUCCUAUAUAUUUUAUGCACAAAAAUCCGAAAUUAUUUCCAAAUCCGAAAGUUUUCGAUCCAGAUCGAUUUCUUCCAGAAAACAUUACGAAAAUCAUUCCCUAUUCUUACAUUCCAUUUUCUGCAGGACCUAGAAAUUGCAUAGGACAGAAAUUCGCCAUGAUGGAAAUGAAAAUUUUACUUUCCAACAUCGUUAGAUGUUUUAAUUUACGUUCUUUGGACGAAUCGGUACCGGUUUCUAUCAAAGUCGUCAGCCACCCCGAAAGAAAGAUCAGAAUUAAACUAAUGCCCAGACGUGGAGACGUGUUAAGCGAUUAA